AUGAGCUGGCUGAUGUUGGCAGCCGCUAUAGUAUCUUUGCUCAUCACACAAACAGUGGUGAUGAGGGAGUACACUUUGUUGAACGAGUCCUUGGCCGCAGCCAAUCGUGAGCUGUCUGCAUUUUUGGCUGGCAGAGGGUUCCAAAGUGACGGAGAGGAUCUGCAAGCAUUGCGGGGAGCCGUUGAGGAUCAGCACAAUACCAACGCUCAGCUCGAGAGGGAGUUAGAGCAGGUUAGAGGAAUGCUUGAGGACGAAACUGAGCGUGCGGAGUCAAUCGAGAUUGAGCUGCAGACGGCGCAGGAAGAGUGCACGGUCAUGCAUGCGGAGGUGACGGCGAAGACGGCUACCAUUGAGGAGCGAGAGACCAAGUUGGCCGAGAUGAAGGGGGAGUUGGAAGGGCUACAGAACGAGGUAGCGGACGCGGAAGCUCAGGAAGAAUAUGAUGCCUUGUUGAAGUCGAUUGAGGAAGAGGAAAGGGAGUGCAAUGAGUUGGAAGCGAACCUGGCUCAGCGACAAAGGGAUUUGAAGGCUAGGGAGCAGGUCUUGACUGAAGCAUUGGAGCAGUUGAGGUCCCAACGGAGGAGCACUUCGCGUUUGUCAGAUGGACCGAGUGGGAGUGAUGACGGAGAGUGUUUACAAGAAGAGGAUGAGACUGAGAGAGAUAUUCGCAUGUCGGAGUUGCGGCUGAAGCUUGAGUCACAGAAGAUGGAGCUUGCUGUUCAAAAGGAACUCAGAGUGAAAAAUGAGAGGCUCAUCAAAGAUCUAGAAGACCGCAUUCAGUACACCACUCAUAAACAUAUCGUAUUCGUAUUCGUCCGGUCCCUCAGGCGUAUGGACUCACAACAGGAACAGAUCCUCGCGGAAGUCGUUCCGUCAAUGUGA